AUGGAGGAAGCUCAUAGUUCGAGGUACUCUAUCCACCCAGGUGCUACCAAAAUGUAUCUAGAUUUGAAAGAGUUGUAUUGGAGGAAAGGCAUAAAGAAACAAGUAGCAGAUUAUGAGGCUAAAUGUUUAAAUUGCCAGCAAGUCAAAGCCGAGCAUCGGAGGCCUGGUGGCCUAGCUCAAGACCGACUAACAAAGUCCGCGCAUUUCCUACCAGUAAAGACGACAGAUUUCGCAGAGCACUAUCAGGCCAGCAUUGGUAUGACUCCUUAUGAAGCGUUGUAUAGGCGGAGAUGUAGGUCUCCAGUGGGUUGGUUUGAAGCGAUAGAGGUGCCGUUGAUUGGUCCAGAGUUUGUUUGUGAGGCCUUGGAGAAAGUUCAACUAAUUAGAGAAAGACUUAGAGCGGCUCAGAAUCGUCAAAAGUCUUAUUCUGACAAGAGGCAUCGUGAGUUAGAGUUCAUAGUUGGUGAUAAG